AGUGCUGCAGUGGGGCCGACACGGCGCGGCGGUUGAACGGCGGGCGGCUCCGGAGGGCGGGCGAGGACCCGGCGGAGCGGAGCGCGACUUGUCCCCUCUCGAGCGGGGUGCCCAGUGCAGCGCGGGACACACAGAAGGCGCUCAAUAAGUGCUGAGUGAAAGGAUGAAUGAAUGAACCCGUCCCCGCUGCCCAGCCCCAUCAGCCCCCGGUUUGAGGGCGUCCAGGACACCCUCACCCCCACGCCACAGACUGGGGCAUCCCGACACUCGGCAGGGCGAGAUCUGCUUUACUUUGGCUCAUUGAGUCCCCGUAAAGAGAUCCACAUGCUUCAGCUCAUCCGUUUGUUCAGCCAGCGGUUACUGAGCAUCUGUUCUGCGCCAGGCCUUGCGUGGCUGGACUGAGGCAUGAGCCCCCGGCUGCGUGGCUGGGCCCCGUAGUGCGUCGUGGGAGGGGAGUGUGCGCCCACACAUGAUUUGGCCCUGCAGUGACCGGUGACCGAAGCAGCCCGGGCCGCCGCCAUGGUGAAGUUGUUGGUAGCCAAAAUCCUUUGCAUGGUGGGCGUGUUCUUCUUCAUGCUGCUGGGCUCCCUGCUCCCCGUGAAGAUCAUCGAGACAGAUUUUGAAAAGGCCCAUCGUUCGAAAAAGAUCCUCUCACUCUGCAACACCUUCGGAGGCGGGGUCUUUCUGGCCACAUGCUUCAAUGCUUUACUGCCGGCCGUGAGGGAAAAGCUCCAGAAAGUCCUGAGUCUUGGGCACAUCAGCACCGACUACCCGCUGGCCGAGACCAUCGUGCUGCUGGGCUUCUUCAUGACCGUCUUCCUGGAGCAGCUCGUCCUGACCUUCCGCAAGGAGAGGCCGGCCUUUAUCGACCUGGAGACGUUCAACGCCAGCUCGGACGUGGGCAGCGACUCCGAGUACGAGAGCCCCUUCAUGGGUGGCUCGCGGGGCCACGCGCUCUAUGGGGAGCCCCACACGCAUAGCCACGGGCUGAGUGUCCAGGAGCUGUCGCGCUCCAGCCCGUUGCGGCUCCUCAGCCUGGUCUUCGCCCUGUCGGCCCACUCGGUCUUCGAGGGCCUGGCCCUGGGCCUGCAGGAGGAGGGGGAGAAGGUGGUGAGCCUGUUCGUGGGGGUGGCCAUUCACGAGACGCUGGUGGCCGUGGCCCUGGGCAUCAGCAUGGCCAGGAGCGCCAUGGCCCUGACGGACGCUGCCAAGCUGGCCGUCACCGUGAGCGUCAUGAUCCCCCUGGGCAUCAGCCUCGGCCUGGGCAUCGAGAGCGCCCAGGGCGUGCCCAGCAGCGUGGCCUCCGUGGUGCUGCAGGGCCUGGCAGGCGGUACGUUCCUCUUCGUCACUUUCUUUGAGAUCCUGGCCAAGGAGCUGGAGGAGAAGAGCGACCGGCUGCUCAAGGUCCUCUUCCUGGUGCUGGGCUACGCCGUCCUGGCGGGCAUGGUCUUCCUGAAGUGGUGACCAUCCCGCGCCGGGCGCCUGCCCCGCCCCUACCCAGCCGGAGCCUCGCCUCCCCCGAGGGUCCGAGCUCAGCCCCCUGGGCUACGCCUGCGCACAGAGGGGCCGCCCGGGACCGCACUGAGCCCCAGAUCCUACUCCCCGAGCCUUGGGGCACCGCUACUACUUUUACAAAUUCUUCUCUUAAAAGUAUU